ACCAAAGAAUCGUGCAUUUGAUCAUCAUAAAAAAAAAACAGAGCCCAGAUUGAGAAGACAGUCUUGUGCUUUUCCUAUAUAUGGAGACUGCUAGAGCAAAGGCAGAAAGCAUGAAGCCAGGUCUCCUUAAAGCUGGCAUUCCUCUAGCUUUAUCCGUGGCUGGUUUCAUCUGUGCCAGGAUCAUAUCAAGAAGAACUUUGAUUCCCACAGCUUCCUCUUCAGAACCAGAGGUAACAUUCCAGGUGAAGCCUAUAACUGCUGUGAGGUGCCUUUCGUGCUGAUUGAUAAGAGGUGAGCUCCUCGCGUAGGGUCCUCUGGACUCCUAUCGUCCUCUGCUUUCCAUGUAAGUGCAGGAAUAGGCAAUAUGGUAUGUAUCCUUCACACCUUUGUGGGAAUCAGUAUUCUUGCUGUCCAAUGAUGAGAAGAUGCGGUUUCCUCGAAGUCAAAUUGGAAGAUCUCGAGCACUAAGGGUAGAAGAAAGGAAGCUAGAGAUGAGGUUUCUCUGGUACUGUGAUUUGAAAGAGCAAGAAGCCACGCUUGUUGAGCUUCUGAACUUGAUGAACUUGGAGAUGGCUCAUAUUGAUUUCUUGGGCAGGGAGGUUUCAUCCAUGGAGGAUCAGAACGGGGUGCUUGGGGAUAUGGUUGUAGAAUUUCUGAGAGUCGCGGAUCAGAAUGAGUUUUCCAGAACAGAGAAUGGGUUGCUUCAGAGGAAGGUAAAGAAGCUUUCAAGAAAAAUGAAGAAGCAAUCUCGUGUCAUAGGAGAGCGUAAUUUAAACAUCAAAGCCAUUGAAACAGAGUUUUUGAGAACUCGCGAAGAGCUCGAGAUGAAAACUGCCAUGAUCAAAGCUUUCAAGAUAUUCAAGUUCAGCAGAAAAAAGCUGCGAAGGCAAAUAAUACAAGUCAAUGUUUUCGAUAUCAUCAGGAAGAUCUAACUUUCUUUGAACAUCGCUCAUCGCUUGCAGAACUUUACUUCAUCAUUUUUCAAGAUGGGACUGAUGCAGAAAGGGCAUACGGCAAUUGGAGGACUACAAUCAGCUUAGGAGGGAGCUAGAGCAAAUUCGGCAGGAUCGAGCAGCGGAAGUCAAGGAACUAAUUUCCUUGCGAUGGAGCAAUGCAUGCUUAAGGCAUGAGCUCACCAGGAACCAUGAACAGCCAGAACUAAACCGAGAGAAGAAAUCCCAUUUGGAGUUAGCUUAUUUUGAGGGUGACAGACAAAUUGAAGACUGCAAUAUUGACCGCGGGUCGGAUGGAUCGAGAAUGGAGCGUGGUGGGUCUCGCACAGGCAGUGCAUCUAGCCGCCAUGUCCGUUCAACAAGGCCAAGAUUGCUUCGAAAGCUAAGAGCAUGGGCGGAUGGCUGUGAGAAAACAAAAGAGAAGAGGGGUGAUCAUGAGAAGGGGAAGCAUGAAAUUAAAUGCUUUGGAAGGCAUUCUUUUGAGUCAGAUGAGGCAGAUGAACAUCAUGAUUUUUGUGGAAGGAGGUCAUGCUCCAGUGCAUGACUUGGAAUGGUAUUUGCAGUUUUCUCGGUCUUUACAUUUCCGCCUUUUACUGGUUGGUACAGUUUGGUCAUAGCCCAUUGGCUUCUUCCCAAAACAGAGAUGAUAAAAGAUAAGAGCAGCUUCAUGGUAAUUAAUUAGCACUGCUGAUUUAUAAUGUUUCUUGAAGUCAUAAUCUCCUUGUAUGGCAAAAUCAGUGCAUGCAAGUGUCUGGUUUGUUCCAUUUAACUUCGCUUGGAUUCUUAGGAAAUCUCACUUGGUGAGACGUCGGAAGAAUUCCUCCAUUUUUGGUUUUAUACGCUAAGAAACUCCAUUAAAAUGAUAAUUAAAUGGAGGCUCAUGAAUUUC